UAGUUUAAACUCUGUUCGCAUUUUUCCAAUUCUUGUCAAUUUCCUGUUCCAUUGAAAACAGAAAAAAUCGAAUUUUUUAUGAUCUAUGUUGUUUCUUUGAGCUUACCAUUUUGUGUGUAACUAUAUAACAAGAAGUAAAUAAUAAUAUGAUUUUUAUUAAUAAUUAAACACAUUUGUAAAAGACAUGUAGCAAGUGCAAGAUUUGUAUUUUUUUUAUAUUCUAAGCAUUCCGUUUUUACGCCUUUCUGGUUCUUCUAUUUGUGAAUUAAUUGAUUAUUAAAAACCAUCCACGAUGGGAGUCACCGACUGGAAACUGAUGACAUUCGCGGGAAAUGAAAAUUUCCGAAAGGCCUGCGAAAAAGAGGCGGAUUCCCGCUAUUAUUGGGUCGAGAAAUGGGGAUGGAUCACGAAGGAAAUCAUAGACGUGAAUACGAAGAUGCUAGAAUUGAAAGCGGAACGGGCGAAUAGGCGGGAAAGUCUGGAAUUGAAAAGGGAAAACGAAGAGAGCUCCGAGGAAAUUAUUGUACUUCAAGACCCCUGCCCAUUUCCCGACACGACAAACCACGAGUACGGAUGGUUACAUCAGUAUAAGGACUGGAACUUGGAGAAGUUUGGCCCGUUCCCUUUGAUGCCUCUUAAGGCCAGGACGUCUUUCACAAAGGAAGAGAUCGACGACAUGAUCGAACUGAAGAAGAAGGAACGACGCAACAAAAGGCGUAAUUUAAUGAAACACAACUAAAACAUGAUCUGUAAUUUAUAGUGGUUCUCUGUUUAAAAUGAAUAAAUGGAAUUGCUUUGUCA